GUUUAGUCUCAAAAGUCAAUUAAUUACAAACAAAACCCACAAAACUGAGGAAAAAGAAGAAACAGUGAACCCUGUCAUCGUUCUGAGUUCCGUUUCGAGCUCUCUAAUGGCUGCACAUACGACAUCGGAGCCAGUCGUGAACCUCCCUACGACGCAAUUUGAAUCUCAGAUUGCAGAGCCGAUGGCGGUAACUCUCCUGGUACGGCAUCUCCCUGAUGGAAUUCCUCAUGAUAUCGUCUCUCGGCUCUUUUCUCAGUACGGAGCUUCUGCAGUUCGUCCUUGCUCCGGUGCGAGAUUGAGAAAUGCUGCAUUUGUGGAUUUUAAGAAUGAAGCUUUUGCUUCUCAAGCACAUCGUCAGUUAAAUGGGCUGAGGUUUCUUGGCAAGGUUCUACAAGUACAGAGAGCCAAUAAACCUAAUGAGAUCAAGAAGCCUCGUCAAACUGAAGAAACUGGGAAAGAUCAACCCUUCUCAUUCUCUACAGUUAGCGGCAACAAUGAUUCGAAAUCUAGGCAGGUGCUUGCUGGUGAACCCAUAGCUCCAAAACUCGGCAUCAACUAUCCAUUUCCUCCUCAUUUGCAAUAUGCUUACCCACCACCCGAUGCAAAUAUAUUAGCCAACAUUACUAAUGCCCUUAUCGCUGUCCCACCGUUAUACACCCAGGUGCUGCAUCUGAUGAACAAAAUGAAUCUUCCACCUCCUUUUCGCCUGGCCCUGCCCACACCGCCUCUACCUAAAGCAGCCCCCCAACAAACUGAGUUGGAGAAACAAUCUAGUAGCGAGUCAGAGAUGGAAUCUGAUGAGGAUACAGGUACAUCAAAACAAGGGAGGAAGCGUGCUAGACAUGAAACUCUUGUUGGUCCUGGUAUGGACAAGGAUGUGCCACAUGAGACUGUGGGAGUGAAACCCUCGUCUUUGACCCCAAAAGAGAUCCCUCGAAUAAAAAAGAAUAAACAUGUUAUGCAGAUCAAGAUUACCCCAAAAAUUGCUCAAGACGAAUGUAAAGAGGAUAGUCAGAAUGAAGGCCCUGCAGACGAGCCCAGAGAAGAAGUUCCAAAUUUGAAACCUUUUGCGACGUUAGAGGAGUUGGAGAAAGGAAGGUUACCUCCACAGGAUAUUCUUUCACUGCCUAUGUUCAAGAACUACACAGCUGGGAAUCCGUCGCUUGUGCUGUAUAUAAAAAACCUUGCCAAAGAUGUUAUUGUUGAUGAUUUUUAUUACAUAUUUGGGUCACAAUUUGGAAGCAUCGAAGAAGCUAGAUCCAGUCUUGGUGUGAGGCUGAUGCAGGAAGGAAGGAUGAGAGGGCAAGCUUUUUUGACAUUUCCAUCUGUUGAGGUCGCACAUCGUGCUCUGAAUCUUGUAAAUGGUUUUGUGUUCAAAGGAAAACCAAUGAUAAUCCAGUUUGGCAGGAAUCCUGGAGCAGCCAAGCCAAGCGACGGAGAUUUGCUUCUUGCUAGAAUUAUGUUCUUGUUUUCUUCAUGUAGAUCCAUCGCUCUUCGCUCCUGCACCGUCAAGCAUUCUUGUACUUAUUCGACUUUGCUUUCUGUAAGCAAGCAUCCCGAAAACAACAUCUCCAUUCAACACCUUCAUUCUCUUCUUCACAAAAAUGAAUCAAACCCUAGAAUCAUCCACCAGCUCCACUCUCACUUCAUCACUGCUGGGCUUCUUCUCCUUCAUCGGAAGCAAAACUCUGGGAAACUACUUCUGUUCAGUCCUCUGCUUCGAUGCUAUUCUCUGUGCGAAACCCCUCUUCGGGCUUACUUCCUCUACGACCAACUCCAACAGCUCCAUUUCCUGUCUGAUCACCAUCAUAGACUGCCUCCUUUCGACAGUUUCACUUACCUCUUUCUCCUCAAAGCGGCUUCGAAUCCGCGGUUCCCGUGUUUACUACUGGGAAUCGGACUCCAUGGUUUGACGCUAAAACUGGGCUUUGAAUUUCAUGUCUACGUGCAGACAGCUUUGGUUGGUUUGUAUCUUGUCGCUGGAAACAGAGUUGGUGCUUACAAAGUGUUCGACGAAAUGCCUGAAAGAAAUCCGGUAACUUGGAAUGUGAUGAUCACUGGCCUGACUAAUCUGGGAGAAUUCGGUAAAGCUCUUUGCUUUUUGGAGAAGAUGCCGAAUCGAACGGUCGUAUCUUGGACCACUAUCAUGGAUGGGUAUGCACGAGUAAAUAAACCCAAGGAAGCUAUACUCUUGUUCUCGAGAAUGGUUGCUAGUGACGCGAUAAAGCCCAACGAGAUCACCAUUCUCGCGAUUCUCCCAGCUGUUUGGAACUUUGGAGAGCAAAGGAUGUGCGGGUCGGUUCAUGCUUAUGUUGUGAAAAGAGGGUUUGUUCCAUGUGACAUCCGUGUGACAAACUCUCUCAUCGACGCUUAUGCAAAGUGUGGGUGUAUACAAAGCGCAUUGAAGUUCUUCUUGGAGAUUCCGAACGUAAGAAAGAACUUGGUAUCGUGGACGACGAUGAUCUCGGCGUUUGCAAUGCACGGAAUGGGCAAAGAAGCGGUCUGUAUGUUCAAAGACAUGGAAAGACUCGGAUUGAACCCGAACAGAGUGACCAUGAUCAGCGUUUUGAACGCUUGUAGCCAUGGAGGCUUAGCAGAAGAUGAGUUUCUAGAGUUCUUCGACAAGAUGGUGAGCAAAUACAAGAUCACGCCGGAUGUGAAGCACUAUGGGUGUCUAGUCGACAUGCUUAGAAGAAAAGGAAGAUUAGAAGAAGCAGAGAAGAUCGCUUUGGAGAUUCCUACCGAGAAUAAGGCUGUGGUUUGGAGAAUGCUGCUUGGAGCGUGUAGCGUUCAUGAUGAUCCUGAAAUGGCUGAGAGGGUUACUAGGAAGCUAAUGGAGUUGGAGAGAAGCCAUGGAGGAGACUAUGUGCUUAUGUCUAACAUCUUUUGCGGUACCGGAAGAUAUACAGAUGCCCAGAGAUUUCGAAAACUGAUGGAUGUUAGAGGUUUAGCUAAACUUCCAGGACAUUCACAAUUAACGUAG